CAAAUUCUACGACAUCAUCAAUACAUAGCCUUCUUUUAGGACCUAUUGCACUAUGGAUGUAAAUAGUCGUUUGUUUCUCGGAUAACAUAUUUUAAUCGAGAUACUAGGUACCCAUACAUCUAACACAUUGGGCACUUCAAAAUGACUCCACCAGCCUCCUCUAUGGAAAUCGACAACGACCGCGACCCAGAGUUUAAGAAUAUGUUAAAAAAGGUGCUUCACCUCUCACUUGACGACUCCAUACACUCCCCCUCGUCAAAGGUCGAUGGACAAGAAACCACUCCAAGUGCCCAAUCCUUCAAACAGAUUGGAGAGGGAGGAUGCAGCGCUGUAUUCACACUAAAAGGGAGGUCACUUGCUAUAAAAAUUUCCAAAGAAUCGAGAUUUGGCCAAUGGAACGAUUACGUGAUGCAUACCCUUAUUUACGAAGAGAUCAAACGCCGCACAGUCGAUGUAAUGGUACCCAGGUGUUAUUUUUUCGUUCCGGCAGAGGACCUUACGUUCUUCGACAAGAACCCAGGUUUAGUCGAGGCUGCUCGACGUGUCUGCGAUAUCCCUACGGAUAUUCUCGUUUCCGAGCGGAUCCCACCCCUGGAUGACGAGACAAGGACUGCCCUCAUCAACCAAUACUGUGCCCCAAGACUUAGACUUAGGGCAGUAGCUGAUCCUAAGAACAAUGACUGUCUCGUGAAGAUUUAUCUUGGCUCUAUGGAGGGAAAAAUCGGAGAAACGCCAUUCUCCCUUAGAAACUUCGAGCUACAUCUCAACCAGAUGAUAGAUAUGGGCUUGGACGUUGAUAGCAUGGCUUCUCGAGUCGGCCAGGCGUUGGCUGUCAUGCACUGGGCUGCUAGUGUUGAUGCCUGGGGUGUGCAAUUUGUCUUGGGUGGUUCGAGUAAGCCUUCGCCCCUGAGAUAUCUAGACAUCGAGGAGAUGGAGCCUUCCACCUAUACUGGCCCGAAAUCUCGGGUUAUCGAGCACUUUUUGUGUAGGAGGACCGUGCUAUGGAUGCUAAAUUUCGACCAAGUCCAGCCCAUUACGAUGGAUUUUGCAGGUGUCUCUCAGGCAGUCCAGGCUGCCGUGUUCGGCAGUGUUUACCUUCCCAAGCGUUAUUCACGGAAUGCCACACAGAAACGCGUCUGGGACAGUUUUAGUGACCAAUAUGUCAAGACUUCAAAUAUUAUCCUACAAUGCGAAGACAGGAAAAGCCAACAGCUGCCACGCAGUUUUCUAGACCAAUUAAACAAACUUGAACUUCGCAAGAAGAGUACAUGGACUGAGGAUUAAAAUACAUAUUUAGAGACAAAGAAGCGAGGUGUAUAUUUUAUGAAGCGUUACGUAGGCAGGUAGCUUUGCUUGAAACUUAAUAUAACAGCGGCACAAGCUGCGCUUCGUUUUGUUUUUAGAAAACCA